AUGGAAGAGCUGGCCCCCAAACCUGCAGAACACCCCAGCUUCACCUUGAAGGACAGAGGACUUGGCAAGCUAGGAGGCGACCUGGACGCUCGGGCAGCACCCCCGUCACCGCUCGGAAUCCUGAAAGGGUUCGACCCUCUCCUCAACCUCGUGCUGGAUGGCACCAUCGAGUACAUGAGAGACCCCGACGACCAGUACAAGCUGACGGAGGACACGCGGCAGCUGGGCCUGGUGGUGUGCCGCGGCACAUCGGUGGUGCUGAUCUGUCCGCAGGACGGCAUGGAGGCCAUCCCCAACCCCUUCAUCCAGCAGCCGGAUGCCUAGUGCCGCCCCUGCCCGCCGUGCGUGCUGAGUGAAAGCGGAAAGCUCCAGCAUCGAGUGCGGCCUGCUUUCCAGCUGGGGUCCUGGGCACAGCACCAGCACGGCCCUGACUGGGCUCGGGGCCCAAGUGGGGACAGGUGGGUCUGCAGCCCUGCAGUCUUGAUCCUUGGCCCCCAGAGGAGCCUGGGAGCAGGGCUGCCGCAGACCCCAUCUAGGAUUAGUGCCCCUGCCUCUGCUGUGCCCCUCCCUCAGCACCCUGUCAGAGAUGAGCCAGGACACCUACACCCCCAAAAACCCAGCCUGCCCCCCCAUGCCCCUCCAAGUCUCCUCUUUUUUUUAUUAAAAGAUCCUCUUAUUGGUGGUUCUUAGACCUCU